AUGUCAGAUAAAGCAGCUGAACAUGCUAGACUCUCUGAUUUCUUCUCUCGUCUAGCCUCUGGUGAACACAGUCCGCUUUCGAAGGAGUUGGGCCUGACCGCGACGGCAUGCGGUGGCUCAGUUAUAGUAACGAAUUCAGGUCCUCAAGAGGCAGCUAUAUCCAACGCUAUGUCCCACCUGGUCGUACCGCGACGUACUAGUAGGACUACCUUCCCAUCAAGCUGUAGGGAAGUAGUCGAAGAAAAUAUUCCUGAAAAUAGCUUAUGUCAGGCUCGUGUGGACGUCGUACUGCAUAGCUUCCAAGAUCUCGCUAAUUUCGCAAAUUUGGUGACAUGUGUGCUAACGGAUUCCCGGUCGAAAUACCAGCCACUCCCACAUGAUUGCAGGGGGAAGAAAGUGUCGAUUUUUGAUGUGCAAGACGAAGAUGAUGCGCUUCGAGCCUUGAAAAAGCGGCGCAUGGCUGGCAUGAAGGGGGCUGUGACGGAUGCUCUUAGGUGCUCCGAUGACCCAUGCUCUCCUGUUCGCGACACUUUCGCUGGCCCUGACGUCCAGCCCUCCACAUGGAAGGAGGGGGCUUCCACUACGAUACCCCGUAUUCGUUUGCCAUCUUUCUCCGAUCCCGUCAGUAGUGCAACACCAAACGGAAACGACGAGGAUCCAAAGGAGUGCCCUGGGAGCUAUGACGAGGAGGUUGUUCUGGAUUAUGUUCGGGGACUAUGCGAGAGAAGAGUAGCCCAAAGUAGACGGUGCCAUGUGGGAGCAGAGUCGGACUAUUCAUCCCCUCCGACAUCUGCAUCUAGUACCCAGACGACGUUUGUCUUGGUGACUGAGGGAGCAGCCGAGGAUCCUUCGAGCGUGUGCUCUCGACCAAGCAUGAAGCGUCGUCUCGAACACUAG